UAAUUUCUAAAUCAUUAAAAUAAUAAACACAAAAUAAAAAGAAAAAAAAAUAUAGAAGGAGAAAAAGAACGAAAGGAUCUAUUUGGAUUGUUUGAAUGGCGAGUGGUGCUGCAGGAGGUAAGGUUUCAUUCAAGGUCACUCUCACCUCCGAUCCAAAGCUUCCUUUCAAAGUGUUUAGCGUACCGGAAGGAGCACCAUUUACAGCAGUACUCAAAUUUGCUGCUGAAGAAUUCAAAGUCCCUCCUCAAACUAGUGCCAUCAUUACCAAUGAUGGUGUUGGGAUCAAUCCUCAGCAAAGUGCAGGUAAUGUCUUCCUUAAACAUGGUUCAGAACUACGUCUGAUCCCUCGUGAUAGGGUUGGUGCCUAGAUCAUGUUUGGCUGACCGAUUUAAGAGCGUUCUGUGUACCUUCUGUUACUCUGUACUGUAUUUUUGCAGUGGAGAAAAAUAUAAUGGUCCUAUCUAAUUAGGCCAGUUAACAUAUUCGAAGAUUAGUAUUAUGUGUUGCAAGAAAAAAUAAGUUACAGCUGUUUAUGACAGUAGUAAGAGUUUGGAUAAGUUA